UUUUUUUUUAAAUAUUCUUCGUGUGUGGUAUUGAUUUUAGAUUUUGAUUAAUUUGAAUUUACACCUCCGAUAUUUCGUUUGGGAAACCCAACUGUAGAGAUUUCCGAGCCAUGUUUCAUGGUGGGUGUGGGCAAAGACCUUCCCGAAAAUGCAAUGGUGUGUGUAAUAAGACGAGAAAAGUACCAAAACAAUUGGGUUGCUAUUAUUGAGAGGAAGGCAAACAGAAAACCACUGCGAGUCAAUGGGCAUAAACUUGAUAGGAAUACCAGUGGCCUUCUCAAUUCUGGCGAUGAGAUCGUCUUGGGUCAACGGGGAAAAUAUGCCUAUAUUUUUCAGCAACUUUUGUUUUCACCUCCAAAUGUUGGCAGUAGCAGUAGCACUGCUGCUGAUGUUGGACAAGGCAAGAUGUUGGAGCAAAGAAGGUUGACUGAGGAAUCAAUGCAUGGUUCAACAUCAUCAGGGAUGUCUUGUGUAUUAAGGGAACAAAUUCAGGCUACAAUCAUUGAUGGAAAAGAUAUACAAGUUUCAUUUGAUGACUUCCCUUAUUACUUAAGUGAGACCACAAAAGCUAUGCUGAUUGCUGAUACAUAUAUACACCUUAAGCAUAGAGAGCAACUUAAAUAUGUCUCUGGGCUUCCUGUGGUCAACUCAAGAAUUAUGCUUUCUGGUCCAACAGGAUCUGAAAUAUAUCAGGAGAUGCUGGUGAAGGCACUUGCUCGUUAUUAUGGAGCUAAAUUGCUCAUUUUUGAUAUCAAUGCUUUUUUGGGUGGGCUAUCUGUGAAGGAAACUGAGCCAAUGAAAGAGGCAUGUAGUGCACACAAAUCCUCUUCAUCCGGGGCAUCAAAUGUAUUUAUGACAGGUGAUAGAGUCAAGUAUAUUGGCUCUGCUUCUGGUGCACAGCACUUGGGUCCCAUCUGGUGCCCAAAAGUUGGGUCUACAGGGAGGGUUGCAUUGUCUUUCAACGAUAAUCUAUUUGCUAAAGUUGGUGUAAGAUUUGAUAACCCCUUCAUAUAUGGCAUCGACUUAGGUGGUCUUUGUGAUGAUUCUCAUGGAUACUUCUGCAAAGUGAGUGAGCUGUGCUUAGACACCCCUGCUGUGGAGGAUCCACACAAGUUACUUACAAAUACAUUGUUUGAGGUUGUAUUCAAUGAGAGCCUGAAUUCGCCAUUCAUUUUGUUUGUGAAAGAUGCUGACAAAGUAAUGGCAGGAAACGCAGAGUUAUAUUCAAUAUUUAAAAGUCGGCUUGAGAAGCUUCCUAAUUAUGUAAUUACUAUUGGUUCGCACGCUCAUUCAGAUAAUCAUAAGGAGAAGGAUAGUCCUGAGAAGCAGCAUGACAAGGGGAAAGAGGUUGCAAAGAAUUCAAAAUUUCUGACAGAACUUUUCCCAAAUAUAGUGGCUAUUCACAUGCCCCAGGAUAGUCCUGAGAAGCAGCAUGACAAGGGGAAAGAGGUUGCAAAGAAUUCAAAAUUUCUGACAGAACUUUUCCCAAAUAUAGUGGCUAUUCACAUGCCCCAGGAUGAGGCACUUUUAUCUAUUUGGAAACAACAACUGGAAAAAGACGCCUAUACCCUCAAAAUGAAAGAAAAUUUUAACAGCUUACAAACAGUUCUGAGUCGGAAUGGAUUGAAAUGUAAUGGACUUCAGACAUUGUGCAUCACAGACCGAAAUUUCUCUGUUGAAAGUGCAGAGAAGGUUGUUGGAUGGGCGUUGAGCCAUCACUUGAUGCAGAACAAAAAUGUGGAUCCUGACGUGGCACUUGUUUUAUCACCUGUGAGCAUUCAGUAUGGGUUAAAGGUUCUACUUAAUCAAAAUGACACCAAGAGCUUGAAGAAGUCAGUUAAGGAUGUUGCGACAGAAAAUGAAUUUGAGAACAGGAUUCUGGAUGAUGUUAUCUCUCCCGGUGAUAUUGGGGUGACAUUUGAUGAUAUUGGUGCACUUGAAAAUGUCAAGGAUACAAUAAAAGAACUAGUCAUGCUUCCCUUACAAAGACCUGAACUUUUCUGCAAGAGUCAACUAACCAAGCCAUGCAAGGGAAUACUUUUGUUUGGUCCUCCUGGGACUGGGAAAACCAUGCUGGCAAAAGCUGUUGCCACUGAAGCGGGUGCAAAUUUUAUCAAUAUUUCAAUGUCAAGUAUCACUUCAAAGUUGUUUGGUGAGGGUGAGAAAUGUGUAAAAGCUGUCUUCUCGCUGGCUAGUAAAAUUGCUCCCUGUGUUGUUUUUGUUGAUGAAGUUGAUAGUUUGCUGGGACGAAGGGAAAAUUCAAGAGAACAUAAGGCGAUGCGCAAAAUAAAGAAUGAAUUCCUGGUGAAUUGGGAUGGGUUGCGCACAAAGGAUUCUGAACGAGUUAUGAUACUUGCAGCAACAAACAGGCCAUUUGACCUUGAUGAGGCUGUGAUAAGGCGACUGCCCCGUAGGUUGAUGGUCAAUUUACCAGAUGCUCCAAACAGAGCAAAAAUUCUUAAGGUGAUUCUUGCAAAAGAGGACUUGGCUCAGGAUGUUGACUUGGAUUCAGUUGCAAGUAUGACAAAUGGAUAUUCCGGAAGUGAUCUUAAGAAUCUCUGUGUAGCAGCUGCAUAUCGACCCAUUAAAGAGAUCGUAGAAAAGGAAAAGAAGGAACAAGCUGCUGCUAGAGCAGAUGGUCGACCACCUCCAGCACCAUACAGCAGUGCAGACCUACGGCCACUGAAUAUGGAUGACUUUAGAUAUUCACAUCAGCAGGUUUGCGCAAGUGUUUCAUCUGAAUCCGUUAAUAUGACUAAGCUUCUUGAGUGGAAUGAUCUGUAUGGAGAAGGGGGCUCUCGAAAGAAGCAGUCCUUUAGUUACUACAUUUAA